AUGCAGUACCGUAUGAUCAUGGUGGCCUCGAUGGCCCUUGGCACCGCGCACGCCUUCCCCGCCCAACCGCAGAUCACGCAGGCUCCCAAGGCUACACGCGACCUCUCUAAGCGUCAACAACCCGAUGCUGCCGGCAGCAGUGUUCUUGACGCCCCAAUGACCAUCGCUGCUGGUCAAUCUUUUGAUGGUGGCAACGUCAUGUACGAUCGCGGUACUAGCUGCACAGGCCAAUCCGAAGGAGGCAGCUCUGACGCUGUGUUCAUCCUUGAGAGCGGCGCCUCUCUCUCCAACGUUAUCAUCGGCCCUAACCAGAUUGAGGGUGUCCAUUGCAACGGUGGCUGCUCGAUCACCAACGUCUGGUGGGACGCUGUUUGUGAGGAUGCCUUCAGUAUCAAGGAACAGGCUGAUGGAGAGACUACUACCAUCAAUGGUGGUGGUGCUACCGGUGCUAGCGACAAGGUCAUCCAGCACAAUGGCGGUGGGACCGUGUCCAUCACCGAUUUCACUGUCUCUGACUUUGGAAAACUCUACCGGAGCUGCGGCAACUGCGAUGAGAUGCCUGCACGUCAUGUAAUCGUUUCUGGUGGCUCGGCCACCAACGGUGACAUCCUCGUUGGCAUUAACUCCAACAUGGGCGAUACAGCCAGCAUCUCUGGCGUUACUACCAGCGGAGUCGGCGAAGAGUGUGUUGACUACGAGGGCGUCACUGAUGGAAGUGAGCCAACCAAGAUCGGCGCCUGCUCCAACGUUGGUGGAGGUGGUGGCUCUGGCGGAUCGAGCAGCGCGGCCACCACUCCAGCUGCUACCCGCACUUCGGGGACUGGUUCCUCUCCCACGUCUGCCUCUGGUGAUGACGAGGAGAAGACAACGUCUACCUCCAAGUCUAGCUCUUCUCCUACAUCUUCCAGUGCCGAUGAUGAGGAUGAGAAGGCUACCUCUACAUCCGAGUCUUCUUCCAAGCCCACUGGUGGGUCUGAUGAUGAGGAUGAGAAGGACGAGGACGAAAAGAAGGAUAAGGACGAGGGCAAGGACAGGCAGAAGAAGGAGUAA